CUUCAGUCGUGCAACGAGCGUCGUGCUCGAACGAUUUGUUUCGGACUAUCGGAUGUAUGAACGUGUUUUAACUCGGUGUACAUAAAACAACGAAAAAAAAAAACAGAAAAUUCGGGUCAUUUAUAUCGACAAUUAAAAAAGAGUAUAGUAAAGUAUAAUAGCUUAAGAAUUCUACGAGUGAUUAAUCCUAACGUUAAAUUUUCUUGAUAAAUAUAAGUGACUACGAAAACAUGACAUUGAAAACAUAUGAAAUAUUCAUGAAAGACUGUUGAAUAACGCAAUUUAAAAAACUGAGUGAAAUUACAUUUACAGAAGCGAAAAAAAUCAUCAUGGAUUCAUUGAUAAUUAAUAAUUUAUAUCUGUAAUAAAAAAUUCAGAAAAAGUAUGAUAAGAAAUCGAAACAGAAUUAUCUGAUGGUUCUAUGUUCCUUCAGAAUGCAAAAUGACUUGAUAAAUAUUCAGUAAGAGUAUUGAGUAUUGUCAUUAUUUCUAGCAACAUUGUUGAGUAAAGUUCUUGUUUUUGUUUCAUCGAUGAAUACAAUUAGCAGUACAUUCGAUGAAGUUUUUUAAUCGAUCAUGAUUCGCAUCUCUCAUCCAUGUGUUCUGUGUGAAUACAAAUUCGUGUUCAUUUCCACCGACAAGAAAAAAAAGACGAUGACGUUUUAAGCGCCACUGAAUUUUUGUGCAACAAAAGUAUUCGAUUUCCUUAGUGUUGUGUAAUAUUUACGGUUUACCAAGGCCUCCGGAAAACGGAAGUGAAAAAUGUAAAGGCACAUUAUUUUUUCCCCUUCUGUAUUUCAUCCCAUUGAGUUAUCCUUUAUCUAUUUGGUCGGGUAUCUUCGGUUGUAUUUUUUGUCCAUCAUCGACGUCGGCUCUGAUCGUGAAAUCGUUAAGAGUUCAAGGUCGAUACCAGAAGAGUCGUGACUCCAAAGAACGGGAAUAUUGAUGCACACAAAGAAGAAACGAGGGUGGCUUGGGAUGCUAUUGAGGAUUUUGAUAGUAAAAGAAUUCGAUGAACUCACUGUGUAUGUGGGCAGAGUCUUGGUGCUCUGCGUCAUGCCUUGGCAGGAUCGCAAAACUACUCGGAGGUUCUUCAAUUCGUUCAACAACCCAUUGAGUUUAUGCUAUAGGAUUAGUUGGUGGAUUCCAAGAUGCGGGGAGCCGGAUUCAUACUUAGCCUGGUGGUCAUCUUAUCGAUUAUUCAACUCACUGAGUCAAAUCAAUGUCUAACGAUGCUCGAAGAGGUAAAUCCAAAACGAGUUGUUCAUCUAGAUGGCCAAUCCUUGGUUAUACCUUUCGAAAUGACUCGUAGGUUGACCCAGAGAUUGGCCACAAGAAUCAUGAGGAUAUUUCUAGUCGAGGCCCUCGGAUAUCCAGGAAUAACGCUAUUAGAAAGGGACGAUCGGUUUGAUGCCCACACUGUUUUUUCCAGGAUGUCGGACUCCAUUUCUUAUGCUGGCUACCGGGUCAUUCCGGAAACAAUGGUCAAUAUGGAAGUGUGGAUACCUCCACAGGAAGACACAAUGCCACUAUUGAAUCGAUACGAUGUUAAGGAAUGUGGCUCAGUGACAACUCCCGGUCGUUUCGGUUGGUUCGUUCCAGAAAGGCUCAGUACACCAGGAGAUAAUUGGCGAACGUUCGUGAGACAGGAAACUGCUGCGAGAUUCGACGUUGACGUGGCGAAUCUUGAAAAAGUAAGGGAUCUCACGGUUGAUCCAGUGACUGGCAACUAUUACUGCAUUGAAAAUUUCUGCGAGAAAGGAAUGUAUGUACCUGAUCAAUGCCGAGCGAUCGGAAAUAGCACUCAACCGUGUGCUCUUCUAUUAGUCGAACAUACCGAUUCUACAGAUUUCAUCAAAGACCAUAUAGAUCAGUUGAAGCUGUAUGUUAAAGUAGCUUGGGUUGGUUCGAACCUUAAAGCACUGGUGAAAUCAUUGACAAAAGAGUAUCUUCAGCAGGCUAAAAAUGUAAGUGACAUAGACUCAAAGAAACCUCUAUCGCGUUCGCUAGUAAUACUCCAUUGGACUCCUAGUAACGUAAUACCAAAUGAUCGGGAAUUUGUGUCAUUGGAGUUCCCUAGAUGCGGUACUAGAGGAACUGAGAUUGGCUGUAGAUACGAAUCAAAUCGGUUAGUCAAGUUGGUUUGGUCGAGAUUAGAAUCAAUAGCUAAGUUUGCUUGGGAAGCUAUUAAUCGGGCACACUUCGAACCUGAAAUGUACGAGGAUUUGAUCGUUCGCUAUAAUAAAUUAUCGAAACUCAACGUUACCGAAGAAGAAAUCGCAUGUAGAUGGUUGAAAGACAAUUUGAAUGUUGUCCUCGAUGAGUGGAUGCCUAACAAUGCAGACAAAAACAGUUUAAUCGUGGGUGGUAUAUUUCCAAUGAGCGGUACGGCAUACACAGCUAAGACUAUCGUUUUAGCUGCUAAAAUGGCUAAGGAAGCCAUCAAUAACAAUAACACCGUAUUACGCGACUUCAACAUAGGUAUAUUGGCGAGCGACGGUCAAUGCAAAUCGGAUAUGGUCAUGAAAGCAUUUAUAGAAUACGUAGCUCAUGAUUACUACGAGAAAAUGGUUGGUCUUCUUGGACCUGCUUGUUCGGAAACCGUCGAACCGUUGGUUGGUGUUUCGAAACAUUUCAAGACUGUAAUCAUCAGUUAUAGUGCCGAAGGUUCUAGUUUCAACGACAGGAAACGUUAUCCAUACUUCUUCAGAACCAUCGGCGAGAAUAAACAGUACAAACACGUUUACUUGAAACUACUCAAGAGUUUUGGAUGGAACAGGGUUGCCGCGCUUACGGAAGAUGGGCAGAAGUAUACAGAAUACAUUUCUUACAUGCAAGAAACAUUUCGUGAUAACGGUAUCAACUUUAUCGCGAAUAUCAAGUUUCCGAGAGAACGGGAAAGGGACGAAAUGACUAAGUAUCUUCAAGAGUUGCAGCAAAAACGAGCUAGGAUCAUUAUUGCCGAUGUUUAUGACGUAGCGGCUCGCCAAGUAAUGUGUGAAGCCUACAAACUUGAAAUGACUGCCCACCAGGGUUACGUCUGGUUUCUUCCACUCUGGCUUCAACCUCAAUGGUACGAUACCGAUUUUUACAACAGCCAGGGUGAAAAUGUACCGUGUACAACGGCAGAGAUGUCACGAGCUAUUAACGGUCAUUUUUGUAUGAACCACGCGUAUUUUGCCCCGGAUAACGAUAUUAUGCAAGAGGGUAUAACUGUUCGUGAGUGGAGAGAUAGAUACGAACGAAUGUGCAAGGCCAGCAAUGAGGUACCAUCGAAUUACGCGGGUUAUGCCUAUGACGCGAUGUGGACUUACGCGUACGCGAUGGAUACCUUACUCAAAGAGAAUCAGAGCUACGUUUUCAAUCUUCAUUCCGACCAUACCGUCAAUCGACUUACUGAUAUCAUUGCUCAAACAAAUUUCAAUGGUGUUUCCGGCAGCAUCAAAUUUCUCGGUGGCCCUUCCCGUUUUUCGGUAAUCACUAUUGUCCAAAAUAUUGACAAUGAGACACGAACUAUCGGGAAUUUUUAUCCGAACGUUUCCGAGGAGAAAAACGAGGUCGUUGGGGGCCAUUUGGAACUAAAUAAAUCGGCAAUUGUGUGGUUAUCGAAUUCAGUACCUGAUGAUGGAUCUGAACCACCUGUGAGAUGCGUUUUAGCGGGUCUAUCUGAGCUUCUGGACGUUAGUUGCGAGGUGGCGAUCGUGAUUGCUAAUAUAAUUGGAUUCGGGCUUUUAGGAGCUGUUCUCAUAACCGGCUUCAUCAUUGUUAAACGAAAAUAUGACGAAAAGGUUCGUCAGCAUGAGAAAGUGAUGGAAUCUUUCGGUUUGGAUCCCCGUCAAACUACAUCAGGCCUAGAUAAAUGGGAGAUACCACGGGACCGCGUAGUGAUAAAUCGGAAGUUGGGGGAGGGAGCUUUUGGGACAGUAUACGGUGGUGAAGCUUUUUUCCCUGAAAAAGGGUGGCUUGCUGUGGCUGUUAAGACCUUGAAAGCAGGUAGUUCAACGGAUGAAAAGCUUGAUUUCCUCAGCGAAGUUGAAGUUAUGAAGCGUUUCGAGCAUAAAAAUAUCAUCAAACUUCUUGGUGUAUGCGUUAAAUGCGCUCCCGUUCUGACCGUUAUGGAAUUCAUGCUUUACGGAGAUUUGAAGACUUAUCUUCUCGCCCGCAGACAUCUUGUCAAUGAUCAGAGCUAUGAGGAUUCCGAUGAGAUAUCGAAUAAAAAGCUCACUGCAAUGGCGCUUGAUGUUGCCAGAGCACUAAGCUAUCUCGCUCAAUUAAAAUAUGUGCACAGAGAUGUGGCUUCAAGGAAUUGUCUUGUUAAUGCUGCAAGAAUUGUAAAGCUCGGUGAUUUUGGAAUGACAAGGCCCAUGUACGAAAACGAUUAUUACAAAUUCAAUCGGAAAGGGAUGUUACCAGUAAGAUGGAUGGCUCCGGAGUCUCUUGGACUUGGAAUUUUCACACCAGCCUCUGACGUAUGGUCAUACGGAGUACUUCUUUACGAGAUUAUAACUUUUGGGAGUUUUCCAUUCCAGGGCAUGAGCAAUAACGAAGUUUUAGCUUACGUCAAGGCUGGAAAUUCGUUGGCUGUUCCAAAGGGAGUUAAGCCACAAUUGGAAGGUCUCAUCCGUUCUUGCUGGACUGUAGAUCACGCGAAACGUCCAACAGCACCCGAAAUCGUUGAUUUUCUUGCAAAUAACGCACGCGUACUCUGCCCCUGUUUGGACGUUCCUUUAGCGAGUGUUCAAUUGGAGACUACUAGCCAAAUGGAUUUUCAAUUACCGGAGAACUUAAGAAAAUUUUCUAUGUCAUUGUCUUGGCCUCCUCAACAAAAUCGUCAUCCAAAUGUUUCACCGUUGGCGGCGUUUGCGACUACGGAACCAUCCGAUGCUCCUUUGCUUGACAUUAAUCCUGGAAUCGGAAUACGCGACAAUAGUUUGGAAGCCGUUUUAAACGCACGUAACGGCGAACACGAUAUCUCUUUGCCUCUCUUACCUGAUGAUGACAUGUGCUCACGCUAUAUCAAGCUUAAUGAUAACGCUCGUAAUGAUACUAAGCAUCCUGAGGACCAUCCACGAUACGUGAAUCUUCAACCCGGUAGCACGACAGUUUCUUCAACGGGUUUAAGGAUGGAUGAAAACAAACCCAUGCUUCAAGAUCCAACAAAGCCUGAACCAGAAGAAGAUUCGUUUCUCUGAGACCACGACGUUGAAGGUCUCUCGAAUUCAAUCGAAUUGAGGACUUGUAAUUUCCUGAAUAUCAGCGUUUGCUCACGCUUCACCUUUGCUCUAGAUCUCAAGGUCAGAUAUUCCAUGAGCUACGUUUACACGCAGUCUAUUGUGUCAACGUCACGAAUGUGAAAAAUCUCAUUUCUGCUCGGUACGGAUAGAGCAGAACGAUAAUUCUCACAAUCAAUAAGAGAGCACAAGGUGACUUGAAAAUCGCCUGGAAUAAUCGUUAUUACAUACGAUUAUAAUAUGGACCAAAAAUUCACCCGUUGAAGUAUAUCGAUUGCUUAUCUAAUUUGAAUGAAAUUCCAUGGGUAGAUGUUAACGUACAAUUAUAAUAAAAAAUUACUGAUUUCUGUUAAGUUGAUAGGAAAGAGACAUAUAGUCAAAAAGUUGCAGCUCUCGCGCCAUGACGUUCGAGAUCGAAGAUUUUAAUGUCCGUUUAUUCAUAUGAAUAGCAUCUAAGGAUUAGAUCGGUGCAAACGGCUUCUACAAAACAAUAUUAAUAUCAUGUGAACGGAAGAUAAACAGUGAUAGGGGCGUUCUACGCCAAAUCGGACACGUUUCGAAUUCACAUUUUUCAUUUCAUUGAUUUUUUUUCUCAAAAAGGGUUUACUCACAGGAACUGACGUGAUUUUUUUUUUAAUAUUUCUGUCGGCUACAAAUUUAAAAAAAAUAUCCCAAUUUUUCGCUUUAAAUAUAUGAAACUCCAUGAAGAAUUAAGCGUACUUAAUGCAUGAGGGGGUUGAAAUCAUUGUCUUGGAAUAACCUUUCGUUUGAAAAUAUGUUAAAGAUUAUCAAUAAAUUAGUUAAAGCAAUUUUAUUUCUUUUAAGUCAAAUUUUUUUUUAAUUAUAUUAGUCCCGCUCGAUUCUCUUUGUAAUUUUUAAUUAAAAAAAUAAACAUGCAUUAUUUUUUUGAAUUUAUAACAAGAGUUUCAACUCCAAUUAUCUGUAGGGCGUUCAAAAAUUGAAUAAAGCCAAUACACAAGCGGUUAAAAUUUUAGAAAGUACUUUGACUUAAACAUACGUAAACAAUCAUGAAAAAAAUCAUUUUUCAAUAAUUUUCUUCAAUAAAAAACCAUAUUGCUAUAAUUUUUUUGAUGUUUUGGAUAAAAAAAUUUCUUCCUCCCGCUAGCCAGCUUCGAUUUUAUUUAUAACUUUUUAUAUAUCUAUAAUCCACGAUAGCUAUCAAAAUAUGCUAGCCUUUGAAAGUCUCUAGCGUGAAAAAGAAAAUUUUGUUGUCCAAAACAGAACAAAAUGAUUAAAAUCAUCUAAACCAAUAUUCGACGCUGAAGAAGGCUGCCAGACGGCAAAGUAAAGUGUUGCAAAAUCAUUUUCUAAAGCGAAGUAAACACGCGAUAGCAAACAUCGUAACUAAUAGUACAUGGAACAUAGAAAUUGAUAAAAAGUAUCUCAUCAAUAACCGCGGAACCCACGAUGCCAUUGUUCAUCGCGAAAUUCAAUGUAAAUAGCAUUCGCUUUAUUAAAUUCAUGAAGGCCUUGCAGAUAAUUAAAGUUGGAACUCUCAUUAUAAUUAUAAAUAAAAUAUAACGGAGCAUUUUCCCAUGA